AUGUCCCCAAAGAUCAAAGUAGAGAAUCUUUACUCUAAAAGCUUCGUAUCAAGAAGAUGGACGUUUCUUCUCUGUUUUGCAAGUUUCUGCUUCGGUAUUUUCUUCACCGAUAGGAUGUGGAAUAUUCCAGAGUCUAACGAAAUGGCUAGACCAUCCGUGACAGACGCUGAAAGGUUGAAGCUUAUCUCCGAGGGAUGUGGUCCUAAAACCCUUUACCAGAAAGAAGUAAAACGCGAUCCCCAUGCUCUAUUUGGAGACGUCUCCAAGACUCAUAACGCUUUACAGACAUUGGAUAAGACCAUUUCAAGCUUAGAGAUGGAGUUAGCUGCAGCAAGAUCAGCUCAAGAGUCUCUAACGAACGGUGCUCCUGAAUCGAAUGAUGUGGAGAAGAAGCAAUUACAAGGGAAGAAAAGAAGAUAUUUGAUGGUUGUAGGGAUUAAUACUGCUUUUAGUAGCCGAAAGAGAAGAGAUUCUAUUCGAACUACUUGGAUGCCUCAAGGUGAAAAAAGAAAGAAGUUGGAAGAAGAAAAGGGAAUUAUUAUCCGGUUUGUGAUUGGUCAUAGUGCCACGGCUGGGGGUAUACUAGACCGAUCCAUUGAAGCAGAGGACAAGAAGCAUGGUGAUUUCAUGAGAUUGGACCAUGUUGAAGGAUACCUUGAGUUAUCAGGCAAAACAAAAACAUAUUUCUCUACAGCUGUCUCAAUGUGGGAUGCUGAUUUCUAUGUCAAAGUAGAUGAUGAUGUUCAUGUAAAUAUCGCAACUCUUGGGGAAACGCUUGUUAGACACAGGAAAAAACCUAGAGUCUAUAUAGGUUGCAUGAAAUCUGGUCCAGUCCUAUCUCAAAAAGGAGUUAGGUACCAUGAGCCAGAGUAUUGGAAGUUUGGUGAGAACGGAAACAAGUACUUCCGUCACGCUACUGGACAGCUUUAUGCUAUUUCAAGAGACUUGGCUUCUUAUAUUUCCCUUAAUCAGAAUGUUCUGCACAAAUACGCAAAUGAGGAUGUUACAUUGGGUGCUUGGUUUAUCGGUCUUGAUGUCACCCAUAUUGAUGACAGAAGACUAUGUUGCGGCACUCCUCCUGAUUGUGAAUGGAAGGCACAAGCAGGGAACAUAUGUGUAGCUUCAUUUGACUGGACAUGUAGUGGUAUCUGCAGAUCCGCUGAUCGCAUUAAGGAGGUUCACAAGCGAUGUGGUGAACCGGAAAACGCUGUCUGGAAAGCUAGAUUUUGA